CAGGUACCGGAUUGUCUGGCUUGACAGCGGGCAUCGGGUCACCAGGUAUGACAGCGGGCACUGGGUCACCAGGCAUCAGGUCAUUUGGCUCGCCAGCAGGCACCGCGUCAUCUGGCAAGGCAGUGGGCACCGGGUCACCAGGCAUUGGAUCGUCUGGCUCGACAGCGGGCAUCGGGUCACUAGGUAUGACAGCGGGCACUGGGUCACCAGGCAUCAGGUCACUUGGCUCGCCAGCGGGCACCGCGUCAUCUGGCAAGGCAGUGGGCACCGAGUCACCAGGUACGACAGCGGGCUCUGAGUCAAUUGGCACGACAGCGGGCACCGGAUCAGGUACCGGAUCGUCUGGAUCAACAGCGGGCAUCGAGUCAACUGGCCUAAUAGGAUCAUCAGGCUGGAUCAGCUGGGUACAGGCAUCAGGCACAGGCAUCAGGCCGCCGGGU